AUGGAGAAUAUUACCUAUGAGCGUUCGAUAUUUUCCCGCCCCUUGGAUCAUGGGUAUCGGCAUACGACACUCCCUCCUGCGGUACUCCUGAAGCCUGCGUGGAGAGCACGCAACGCGAUUCCGGAAACUCGGAGACGUAGGAAACAUGUCACGCUCGUCGACGAGAAUUUUCGAUGGCUGCCGCAGGGAGACGAAGGCAUGAACGGGCCGCGUAUCAACGCAAGAAUCGGGAAUAGUGCGAAGGGAGUAGCGGCCUAUCCCAGUGGAGCUGUUCACCGGAACGCUCACGCCGAACGAAGCAUUACGGGACAUCAUAACCGGCAAAUUAAGCGCCCAGGGGCUGAGGCACGUCCUGCUGGGCAGAGGUCUAGUUACGAUUAUAUGGGACAUAUGCCACCGCCGUACAGGCGAAUAGCCCCUAAUGCACCCCACGCUAUGCCAUCCCCACCUUGGGUCUAUUCGUUUGGGGACGUCAGGGUACCGUACCCGGUUCCUCUCCUGGGCGAUAUCAUGGUCCACAAAGUCCUCCACAAUCGAGAACUCAUCUGGGACGUCUGA